ACACCAAACAAAGGAUGCUAAGGAGGACCUUCCAAUGAUGCCAACCAAAGAAGAAGGUGGUGGUGGAGGAGGAGGAGGAGAAGGAGAAGGAAGAGAAUGUGGCUGUCAUGGCCCCGGAUAUCCAACACCCUUAGAUGCCAUGAAUGGCCCUCGAGAGAGGCUGGUCUACACGCCUUGCAUCUUAACCAGCACAGGGACCCAGAAGCCCGAUUAUCUCGCUACGGUGGAUGUGGAUCCUGAAUCUCCCAACUACUGCAAAGUUAUUCACCGGCUGCAAAUGCCGUAUAUUGACGAUGAGCUUCAUCACACCGGCUGGAACGCUUGCAGCAGCUGCUUCGGAGACACCACCAAGAAACGCAACCGGCUGAUCCUUCCCUGCCUCAACACUUCGCGGAUUUACGUGGUGGACACCGGGACUGACCCCCAGGCUCCCUCCCUGUUUAAAGUGAUUGAGCCCAGAGAGGUCUUCUGUAAAACCAAUCUGGCUACAUUACACACCUCACACUGUCUGGGCAGCGGAGAAGUCAUGAUCAGCUCCAUAGGGGAUCUAUACGGCAAUGGAAAAGGCGGAUUUGUUCUUGUGGAUGCAGAAACAUGGGAAGUGAAAGGCACCUGGAACCGCCCAGGUGACGAGGCGCCGCAAGGAUAUGACUUCUGGUACCAACCCAGGCAUAAUGUCUUAAUCAGCACCGAAUGGGGCGCCCCCAAAUACUUUGUGAACGGGUUCAACCCUGAAGACCUAAAGAAAGACCGCUAUGGCCGCCGUCUGAAUGUGUGGGACUGGACCACCCAUUGCCUCGUCAAGUCCAUUGACGUGGGGGAAGAUUCUGCCCCCCUGGAGAUCCGUUUCCUGCACAACCCAGAUGCCGCGCACGGCUUUGUGGGCUGCACCUUGGAGAGCUCCAUACACCAUUUUUUCAAGAAUGAGGAUGGGUGCUGGACAGCAGAGAAGGUCAUCCAAAUUCCAAACAAGUCGGUCACCGGGUGGUACUUCCCCGAAAUGCCAUCAUUGCUCGUGGACUUCCUCAUUUCACUGGAUGAUCAUUUCAUCUACCUGAGCAACUGGCUUCACGGCGAUGUCCGACAGUACGACGUCACCGACCCCCACUGCCCUCGGCUGACGGGCCAGGUGUUUGUAGGAGGCAACAUCUACAAAGGCGGAGUGGUGACUGUGAUUAAGGACGAAGAGCUGGACUGCCAACCAGAUCCCUUCAUGCUCCAGGGAAGGAGAGUCUAUGGAGGACCCCAAAUGCUCCAGCUGAGCUUGGAUGGGAAAAGGCUUUAUGUCACCAACAGCCUCUACACCCCGUGGGACAAGCAAUUUUAUCCACAAAUGGUCAGGGAAGGGUCAGUCAUGCUCCAGAUUGACGUGGACACGGAGAACGGGGGUCUCAGUGUGAACCCGGACUUCCUGGUGGAUUUCGGGAAGGAGCCGUGGGGUCCUGCUCGUGCGCAUGAAAUACGUUACCCGGGAGGAGACUGUACCUCGGACAUCUGGGUCUGAGAUCCUCCUCUGAGCCCAUCCUCUUGCUAAACUAGCAUUUAGGGGGCAGGAAAUGGGGCGCAGAGAAAUACAAAACCAGAAUGAUGCUUUGUAGAUUAAUCCUGUUGCACUGAUUUCCACAUUUUCACUUAACCAGUGUGCAAAAUCAGGAAAUAAGCUAGCUUGCUCAUCCUUCAGUCGGCACUAUGGAGCUAAGGGGCACACUGGUUUCUUCAUCGCUCUUCUCUCCUUGCUUAGCUGCAGGUGCUACAAACUCAGCUCCAUUCAGAGGAAAUUCUAGAUUCUGUUGCCCAGGUGCAAAACUCUAUCCCGGGUUUAUGCCCUUCAAGGCACUUUGCUUAGGCCGUCUCUACAGAUUUCUGCAAGUCUUCUGACACAACUCUUGCAAAUUGGCGGGGAACAGAUUUUUAAAUGCUUUCCGGCAGUUAUUGACAAACGCAA